GAAACGGGUUUCAGUUUACCGGCAUAUCCGACGCUGAACAGUCGUCGUCGUUGUAGCGCGCGCGAGUUCACGACCGACUACUACAACACGACAUUAUUAUAAUAUUGCAUUGUACUUGCAUUGUAUACGUAAACAUCGUGUUUGGUUGUAGCUCAACAGAUUGUACGAUAAACCCGAUUUAACGAGUGCUUCCUCUCCUCUUCCGAUCAAUAAAAUAACCUGCAGUGAUUGCAGUACACACAUAAGUGUCGCGUUAACAGUCCGGGAACACUCCGUUUGUGUCCGGUGCAUUGCGUACGAGUGUCGUCAAGAGUCUCGUAUUAUAUUAUCGGUGUAUCGAAAUAUAAACGAGAGCACGACGAGAGAGCUACGAUGAAAAAAUCGCUCUGCUGUUGGCUUGUGGUCGCGGUGCUGGUGCUGCGCCCGUCUGGGUCCUCAUCGACCGACGGCGGCGGCGCUGCAAUCGUAACGGCUAACAGCUCGGAACCGCUCCGGCUGCAACUGCACCAAAACUCUACCACCACAGCCGCUUCGUCCUCCGGAGACGGAUUGUCCACUACCUCGAGCCCGAGCCACUCAGAUUCCAGAGCCGACGCGCAGGUCGCUGACUCGGGCGAACUCGAUUACCGCGAAGACGGCGGUGGAGGUGACCGAUCCACGCUCGCGCGCGACAGCAGCCGCGUGGCCGAACUCUACGAGGAUCUGGAAGACUCGGUGAUAUUCGAAGACUCCGAGGGCCACGGCAGCAGUAGCAGCGGUGGCGGUGGUCGGUUGAUCGACGAGCAGCUACAUCUAACCACCGGCACCGGUGGCCUGGUACCAGCCGCUUCCGGUUCCGUCGAGGAGUACGAUGCCGGAACGGACGAAGACGCGUCGGCGGCCAGCACCAGCACUGUCGUGGUACAGCGGUCCGUCAAGUAUCCCGAGUAUGUGCGCUCGUCCAGCUACCGCAGGGCUGGAUGGCCCGGUGGCAACGUGACACGGCCCGAGGAGCUGUUUCGGUUCUGGGACCCUUACGAGUGGACGCCCACCGCCAGGAUUUCGGCGCAGUGUGUGGACCACAUGGAACAAUACCAGGCGGCCCUGCGAAACGGAAAGAUGUGGGCGUUUAAAAUGUCAGAUGCUAGUGGACAUUACAGCAGUGGUUAUUUCUGGGGUAAUACGUUUUGGCUAGGAUCAAAAAGUCUGUGCAACGAACUAUCAGAAUACGAAAAAGAAUUACCCUUUAAACUUGGAUUCAAUAUAAUAAAAACAUACAUCGCCUUGCAAGCUCCAAUCAAUUAUACGGAAAGAUAUCAGCACUUAGGCUUAUGUAUGCCUUACUCGUGUACGAAAGCAGAUGUGGACGAGAUGAUCAGCCAGUCGCUGCAUCAAGACAUUCCAGAAAGAGACGUCAAAGUUGCUAAAGUAAAAUCACCACAUGAAUCUUAUGAUUUGUUUAACGAUAGAAUUUUCUGGCUACUCAUAAUAAUAUCUGCUACAACAACAGUGUUCCUGAUUUUGGGUACAGCCUUGGACAUGUACCUGGAAAAAAAUAAGCAUGAAAAAAUGAAUGGGUACAUGUUUGACAAUUACAGAUACGCCGUCAGUAGCGCAAAGUUGCAACCACUUUCUACACAUUCCAAAAUUGACAUAGAAUCAGAAUCUUCAAAGAGCUCAGAGUCAUUAUCAAAACCCCACAACUACACUUGUACGGCUGUUAAUAUGUUGCUAGCAUUUUCGGUGCUAAGAAAUCUGAAACAGAUAUGCGAUAAGACAAUCGGCGAAGACACAAUAUCCACGGUACACGGGCUCCGAUCACUAAGUAUGAUGUGGAUUGUUUUGGGUCACGUGUGCAUUGUGUCCUUCAAAUACUCCGACAAUAUGGAAUUCCGUACGAUGGCAGAACGUCAUAUAUUAUUUCAACUGAUCAACAAAGCGACUUUUUCGGUCGACACUUUCUUCUUCAUCAGCGGACUUUUGGUUUCGUUCCUCUAUUUCCGGACCACGGCUAAAGUUGACGUCAACAAGUUGACCAAAACCACCGGUUUCUUGUCAAAUUUCAUCGAAUUUUUAGGAUUGUUGAUUUAUCGAUUUUGCAGACUCACCGCGCCGUAUUUCUUCGCUUUGGGCGUCGUACAGUUGACAAUGACAUGGUUUCAUUAUAACUCAGUAUUCGACCCUCCGACUAACGACCAUAUAAAUUGCCCGAAAUAUUGGUGGAGAAAUCUAUUAUACAUAAAUACGCUGUUUCCCGUUCAAGACAUGUGCAUGCUCUGGAGUUGGUACUUAGCAGACGACACCCAAUUCUACAUACUUGGAGUCAUUCUUCUCAUAUUGUCCGCUCGGUAUUUUAAAUUAGCAGCUUCCACUUUAGUGUUUUGUACAGUCGUCUCAUGGUUCACUACUGGUUACAUAGCGUACACCAACAAACACAUGCCAAAUAUCGACGAUCCGUUGGCCCUGUUCGAUAAGAUUUACGACAAACCGUGGACAAGACUUGGUCCGUACUUUGUGGGCAUGUCCAUCGGCUGGUUACUAUUUAAAACCGAGUGCAAAAUCAAGAUGAACACGCUGACAGUCGUUACAGGAUGGACUGUAUCUUCAGCUAUGUUGACCAGUCUGAUAUUCAGUUUCCAUCAAGUAGAACUACAUCCAAUUGUGGCCGCUGCAUAUUCCUCGUUGAGCCACACCUUGUGGGCUUUGUGUUUGUCGUGGACAGUGAUCGCCUGUGCCACCGGACACGGAGGUUACAUGAACAAACUGCUAUCGUGCAAAUUCCUAAUACCAUUCAGUCGGACGACCUAUUGCGCUUACCUCGUCCAUCCGAUCGUUAUCAGAUACGUAGUGAUGAAACGCGACUCUCCGCUUCACCUGACCGUGGAGACUGUGGCUAUUUUGUUUUUGGGACAAAUCACGGUGUCUUACAUUUUCGCGUUCAUUCUAUCGAUCGCUUUCGAAGCACCGAUCGUUUCAUUGCUGAAACUCGUAUCACCUACCAAACGAAACAACUGAUCACUUCGGUUUUUCACAUCAUUAAUUGACAUCUACCUA